AGGGCGAGCAGAGCUGCGGGCGCAGGAAGGGGCCGAGUUGUCGGAGGUGCCCAGGGCGCCGGCGGCUCCUAGAGGGCCGGAUCCGUGGCGGGAGAAGCUGCGGCUGCUGUUGCUGUGUCCGUCCGUCCCUCGCGGCGCCGGCGCUCCCGGGAUGGGCCUCCCGGAGCUGUGGCUGUGGCUGCUGGCGUCGGCGGGGAUCGUGCGCGAGUCCCUACAAGGAGAGUUCCAAAGGAAGCUUUACAAGGAGCUGCUGAAAAAUUACAACCCUCUGGAGCGACCCGUUGCAAAUGAUUCCCAGCCACUCACUGUCUACUUCACUCUCAGCCUCAUGCAGAUCAUGGAUGUGGAUGAAAAGAAUCAAGUAUUAACAACAAAUAUCUGGCUGCAAAUGUACUGGACAGAUCAUUAUCUACAGUGGAAUGUGUCUGAAUACCCAGGAGUGAAGAAUGUUCGUUUUCCGGAUGGACUGAUUUGGAAGCCCGAUAUUCUUCUCUAUAACAGUGCUGAUGAAAGAUUUGAUGCUACUUUUCACACCAAUGUUCUAGUGAAUUCUUCAGGCCAUUGCCAGUACCUGCCACCAGGCAUAUUUAAAAGUUCCUGCUACAUAGAUGUGCGCUGGUUUCCAUUUGAUGUUCAGAAAUGUAACCUGAAGUUUGGAUCCUGGACCUACGGAGGCUGGUCCUUGGACUUACAAAUGCAAGAAGCAGAUAUAUCUGGCUAUAUUUCAAAUGGGGAGUGGGAUUUAGUAGGAGUUCCUGGGAAGAGGACUGAGAGCUUUUAUGAGUGUUGUAAAGAACCCUACCCAGAUGUGACAUUCACAGUAACCAUGAGACGUAGGACUCUUUACUACGGACUCAAUCUCCUUAUUCCUUGUGUACUGAUAUCAGCGCUUGCUUUGUUAGUUUUCCUGCUUCCAGCAGACUCAGGAGAAAAGAUCUCACUAGGUAUCACGGUUUUAUUGUCUCUCACUGUCUUCAUGCUGCUUGUGGCUGAAAUUAUGCCAGCAACGUCUGACUCCGUGCCCUUAAUUGCUCAGUAUUUUGCCAGCACUAUGAUUAUUGUUGGUCUUUCUGUGGUUGUCACUGUUAUUGUUCUACAAUACCACCACCAUGAUCCAGAUGGCGGGAAAAUGCCUAAAUGGACAAGGAUCAUCCUUCUGAACUGGUGUGCUUGGUUCCUGAGGAUGAAAAGACCAGGGGAAGAGAAAGUGCGUCCUGCCUGCCAACACAAACAGCGCCGCUGCAGCCUGUCCAGUGUGGAGAUGAACACUGUGAGUGGACAGCAAUCCAGCAAUGGGAACAUGCUGUACAUUGGGUUUAGGGGGCUGGAAGGGGUUCACUGCACACCUACCACUGAUUCAGGUGUAAUCUGUGGGAGGAUGACCUGCUCACCAACAGAUGAAGAAAACCUGCUGCACAGUGGCCACCCCUCUGAAGGUGACCCAGAUCUGGCUAAGAUUUUGGAGGAGGUCAGGUACAUUGCAAACCGAUUCAGAGACCAGGAUGAAGAGGAAGCCAUUUGCAAUGAAUGGAAGUUUGCAGCCUCUGUAGUGGAUCGGCUCUGCUUGAUGGCCUUUUCAGUCUUCACAAUCAUUUGUACAAUUGGUAUUUUAAUGUCAGCACCAAACUUUGUAGAGGCUGUGUCUAAAGAUUUUGCUUAACUCCUAACUAGAACUCCUAACUGCUUCUCUGAAUGCUAUGUAGCAAAUAAGAAUGUGGGGUUUUUGAUUGCUUGUUUCUAAUGAGUGUGCUGCUUCUCAUUGUCUGCUUUCUUUUGCCCCCCUCACUGAUCCUGAGUUCCUUUUGGAAGAGUGGCACCAUUUCGCAAGGGAAGCUAAGGAUUUCUCUUUGGGCUGCCUGGGCACAGCUCCUUUGAGCCCUCUUUUGUGGAAAAUGCAAUGGCUGAAAGUCCCUUCAGAAUGACAGGGUAUCGCACCAACAGCUCUUACACACAUUUGAACUGGCUAUUACAAAAUAAGAGGUAGGCAAUGCCACAAAUGUCACUUCUUGCAGAUUUUAUUAUAAAAGAUAAUGUGGUCCAUCUUAACUAUUUGAAUGGGUGACUGUAAACACUGAUGUUUAGGAGGGGAUUAAAUCCACAUGGAUGCUCAAACAGCAGAGCGAAAGGGGAGAAGUAGUUGUCUUUUUGGUUACUGCUUCUUACUGAGCUGUCAUAUGUAGCUCUCAGGCUCACUUACAGUCAGUCAGCCUGUACCUCCCUCCAUGCACUUUCAAUAGAGCAUAAAUGACUUUCAGAAUUCUGAAUCAAAAACCUGAAAGUUAAGGGGACACACCAUAUAACUUGUCCUUCCAUAUCUUUCUGGAUUUGACCUAGAAGAAGUUUGGCCUGAAUUCUUAAACAGGCUUCACAGUAAUUUGUGCAGUGUUUACUACUUCUUCCUUCUCCCCAGAAAGGCACUCUUUCAACUGAUGACCUUUUUAACUAUCAGAAAGAAAAAUGAUUGAUUUAUGAUGCCUUUAUCAUCACUUGUUUAAAAAAACCCCAACAACUCCCACACUUGCCUCUUUACUGCUAACCAGAUUCCAGUGAGGAAAAAGUAACUCAGUGUCUUGUACAGGCUUAAGCAUAAGUGAGGAAUCUAAAGCAAAGAAGCCAGUAAAUCCUGAGAUCAAUGUUUUCAUUUAAAAAUUAAAUGUUUGAUCUGCUGUGUGCCUAGCCUUCUAUAGAACUCCUCCUGUUGAGUCACCAUAACAUUGUUUUUAGAAGAAAACUGCACCUUUUCUGCUCAGUUUAUCAUCAGAUGAGUACUAAUGAAUAAUAAAGCUUUUUGGGUCUGAUAUAAACUAUAAAAUGUAUAAAUAUAUAUUUAUAUAUACAUAGCAUAUACAUUCACAGAAAGAUUAAGACUUUUAAAUAUAAAUUCUCUUGAGCCUAGAAAGACUUUUGCAAAGGCAAAACUAAUAGUUAAUCACUUUUUGUUAUCUCUGAUUCUGAAAUUCUCUUGUCAAAAUUCUCUUAGUUUUGAUGUGACUGAUGUCUUAAUGAAAAGGACUGAGCUGAAAAUACCAGGAUCUGAAACUUUGUAUGUACAAAAUAGCUGAGAAUUAGUCCCUUGCUAGCACACCAGUAUUCCCAACCAGUGAUGUAAGUGGUAAAAGGUGUGGAGGAGGACUACUUUAGCACUGGCUGCUUGCUUUAUCCUGCAAAAUCCCAGUUUUUUGGCUGAGGUCUUCAGAGACACAGAGGCCUGUUGUACCAUUGUUUUACUGUGAAAUGAACUCAAGGCCUCAGUUUAUCUUCUAAGAUGGAUUAAAAUAAAGUGACUGAGAUGCUUAUUCUCCCUAGGUAAUGAUUUCCUUUUCAGAGUCUGCUCCCCUGAAAGCAGGAGAAUCGAAUUGGAUGUAAACCAAGCCUAGAGUCACCACAGGUACAGUCCCUCACCUAAGUGAACACCUUGUGCAAGCACCUUCCUGCCUGAGAUAGGGCAGGACGAGUGAAAGGAAGGCAGGAUAUCUCUCACAGUUUGUGAAUUUUGUCCUCCUGAAGGUGCAUUAGAAUCUUACACUGCAAAGACAUGAGCAAAACAUUCAACACCUUCUUGAAAGCUCAUCCUGAAACCACCAUGUCUUAGAGUUACCUAUAUGUUUUCAGGAACAAGAACUAAGAGCAAGCCAUGUAAUAAUGCCUGCAAGUAGAUUCUAGUUUGUAGAUUGCAUAUGAAUGGGAAACUUUGAGUCCAAAAUCUGAAAUGUGAGUUUUGUUCACUUGUGAAUAACUACACAUAUCCCGUGGCACGUGCUGCUCCCCUGAAUAAUGUUCCUAGGCUGGGAUUCCUGGUGUGAAUGUUGAUUUGCAUUGGCAGUUUUCCUUGCUGCAAGUAUCCCUAAGUAGCUAAGUAGAGUGUUCCAUUUAGUCUUGUAAAGUUUUGGGGUCCUCUUGGACAAUAAUUUUCUAGAAAGAAAUGAAGACUUUUGAGGAUUGUCUUGCACAAUGGGACACAAUUAAUGCAAUCAUGAUACAUGAUGCAUGAAAUGUAGGAAGCAUGAGAGUCCCUCUCUUUCCAUCUAAAUCCAUUUACAGUAUCUGUAGAAAUCGUCUUGCUAAACACAGGAGGAUGGAGAAAGCAUAAUUUGACAGUAAACUUAAUUAUCAGUGGCAGACAUGCCUGGGCUUAAAAACUGGAGCCUGGUGCUUGACCUUUAGUGAAGUCCUACCAAAGUCUGUAACGCUGAGUCUGUCACACAGUCAGAGAAUCCCAGGUGUGAGACAGGAGCAGUGAGACACCAACCUCCACCUCUGCCUCCACCACUGCCUUCACUGUUGGCAGGAUUCAUGGAAAUGCACCAAGGGCUCAAGGGAAUCUUCAUUCUCCUGCUGUUAACACCACCUGUAAACAUUUGGUAGUAAGUUUAUUAUACAUUUUAAAUAUAACAGUGACAACUCCUCCAUUAUGUUCUUUUGCACAUCUGAGUCCAAUUCUCCUGUAACUGAGCUGAGCAAAAUGGGUAUGGUUUUUGUCAAACUGUGUGUGUCAAAUAUAUUUGUGUAUGCUAAACAAUAUUUUGAUCUAAACGCUGUGAAAGAAUAUUUAUUUACAAUUUGGGCACAGAGAUGGAAAUUAAAUUCUGUAUACAGUAUGUGUAUAUAAUAUUAAAGACUAUAUAUUGAUGGUAAGGACCUGUUAUAAUCUUAAGAGUCCAGAUGAUGAGCAAGUGAUUCACCACAACUAAGCUAUGACUUGCCUGACAAAUUCAUAAGCUCACUCUAGAGCUCAGCUGUCAUGUACAAUACUAUGUGUGAACAAUGUAUAUUGCUUUUUCUGUUUUUAUAUUGAAUUGUAUUGAAUAUUUAAAAGACUUUUUAAUAUUUUAAAAAAUUUAUUUAAGUGUUAAUACCAGAAAAGUUCCAAACAUAAAAUUUAAAAAGUUAGUUUUAAAUACAGAUAAAUUAUUUAAACAGUAUUUAAAAUAUUAAAUUAUUUUAUAUAGGAAUUGAUAAUACUAUGUAAGACUUUUUUUAAAAGGUUUCUUUAAAUUCUCUUUACAUUCUCAAGCUGCAGGAUGUAGUCUCAGUUCACCUGUGAUAUUUCAACUCUUCAGCCUUUAACAAGGAAAGAAGGUAAACCAAAGCCCUAGAUUUUCUUUCCUUUUCUUAUAGUCUUUUUUACAUUAAGAAACAUUGCAUAAAGGGCAUUAGAAAGAGAUGUAACACUUGUCAGGUACUGAUUGUCAUAUAAGCAACUCAAUACCUUUUCAGUCCAGUACAAAUAAAAGAUUUAGAUCAAGAGA